GGCAUUCCGUGUUGAAUUUAAACGAGAGUGACUCCAGCCCUGAUGACAAAACUGAAGUCGCUCUUUGCAUUGUUGGAGCACAGUCAGCGACCUGCCAUCUCACCCAAGAGCUUCCUGUCUGCCUCCCAGCCAUUCUGGUUUACCCCUGGUUCUCAGCAGGACUGCUCGGAGUAUCUCAAGUACCUCCUGAAUCGAUUACAUGAAGAAGAAAAAGCUGGAAAGAUCUACUACCAGAAGCUCAAGGAAUCCAGCUUGAUGUCUCAAGCCAUGGAGCAUCAAUCCAUAAACAAGACACUGAUUGAGAAGAUGUUUUGGGGAAAAAUGAUAACAAAGAUUCGUUGCUUGAAGUGUUUGAACAUCUCUUCACGAAAAGAAGCCUUCACAGACCUGUCAUUGGUGUUCCCCCCAUCAGACAGGACCCACAUCGUUUGCCGCAGGCCACCAUUGGAAUCCACCAGGGCACGUGGCAGUUCCUAUGGGCGGUGCAGGGGAAAGGAUUGUGACAUCACAGAGCAGGGGGCGUGGCCAUCAGACUUAAGUCAUGUCCACGCUGGCAGACCUCCCCCAGCUUUCAGACUCGUGAGCAGCUCGCUCCGUCCUGGUGGUCCACGCUGGAGACUCGCUCUGGGUGACAGCCAUUUGGUGCUGGUUGAGAUUGUUCUUUGCGAGAGAUCAGGAUGA